AUGAACUACCAAUACAUUACUGGAAGCAACCAUGGAGGAAGUGAAUCUGUCUUGGAGACAACAACUAAAGCAGCUGCAGAACCACAAAUUGCUACAGUAUCACAAUCAAAUUCAGUAACAACUGCAGCACCAGCAAAACCAGCAACAUCUGAACCAGCUCAAGCAACAAGACCAAUAACAGCAGCAGCACAAGCAACAGAAGCAGAAAUGGUGUCAACAACUGUAGCAGUUCCACUACAGUCACUGGCAGAAAAGAGGAAGGAAACCACAGGCAUCAGCAAUUACAGGGCAAAACCAACAGAUACUACAACAACAGAUCCACCACCAACAGAAAUAGUGCCAAUAAAAAAAUCAAAGGCAGCAACAGCACGAAGAAUCCUGUCAGCACCACCACCACAUCCACUACCACUACCACCACCACCACCUCCGGCCACAGAAGCAGCAGCAGCAUCACUGGACAGCACAGAUGACAAGCAGCCAUAG